GACACGCGGCCAGUUAAAAGCUUAUGCGCGGACUCGAGGUCGGUCGAAGCGCGCACCGAUUUCACAUUUUACAUUUUUCUUUUUAAUAAUAAUAACCGACGAGUUGUUUCUCGAAAAACCUUAUAAAAAAACAAGUUAUACUGGUUGACGUUCGUUCUUAGAAAUUUCAAAGAACGUUUUUAAAAUUUCCUUUCAACUGUGAAAGAAGGAAUGCAAUUAAAGGGACCUGAAAAAAGGCAAAGGAAAAGCAGAUAUAAGGAAAGCCUACUGCUCAUUCAAUACGUCUUCUACAUUCAUGAAAGAAAUGACAGAAAUGAAGAAGACGGAGAUCAACAUUGUCCCGAGCAUCCAACCGAGAACGAGUUCCACUCGCACGGAUAACUCUCAAAUUCCGGUCUACGUAACAUCGCGCUCGCUCGAAGUUCCAGAAGGGACUUCUUCCAAACAGGAGAAGUCUUCCGAAAACACGGUCCACUUUUACGGGACGAGCGUGGCCGCACGCAAAGCGCAAUUUCAAAAGUACGACUCCCCUGUGCAGACAAGAUCGUACAACAAGAAUAAGUCGACGUUCAACAAAGAGGUGAAAAAGCCUGAAGUUGUCAAGCAAAAAGUGCUGACGGGGACACCGACACGAAAGCAAAAUAUACCAAAUAUUCACUUGCGGAAGGUCAUAACCAAAUCCCCAAGUCUCCAGACCACGAUUCCAGAGAUGAAAACGUACGAAAACUUGUGCGUGAAAAAUUGUGAGUUGGAGAAGGAAAAUAUGACGUUGCGAGAAUAUUUGGGAGAGUGGCAGAACACAAUAGACAGAUACAGAACAGCGUAUAUAGAAGACAUGAAAUCGCAAACGGAACAACUGCAGAGCGAAAGAAGCGAGCUGAAAGAAAAAUUGCGUUUGGAGGAGUUGAAAAUAAAGAAGCUUGAAACAGUUUCCAAAGAAAUGUGCAAGGAGUACGAGCAACUGAAACGUCUGUAUGACGUGGAGAUGGGCGCGAUGCACCAAGCUAUGCAAAAAGCGUCUGAGUGGUACAAGCAAAACUGCAAGCUCAAGCGCAUGUCUCAGUUGAUGAUGCAGCAUCUGCAGAACAAUCCAAUGGAGGCGCCCUACAUGAUGUCAUUAGAUGAAGUGGACUCGAACUCGGAGGAUUUGGAUCAGCUGAGGCAAACGGUGACAGAACUUAGCAGCGAAAUAGCACGGCUCCAAACGGAACUUCAUUCCGCCCGGCUUCUGGAAUUCGAAGCCCAAGAGAAGGUGACACAACUGACUACAGAGCUGGAGAGUGAGAGAUGUCUCCGACGAGAAACCGUCCAGGAAAAUCGCGAGCUGAUAAUAGACAAAAUGUGGACAGACAACGAGUUGAAGAGAAUAAUGGAAGAGCAUGAGCACGAGCAGAAGCUGAAGGUGCAAUGCGAUCACGUGAGAAAGAAGUUACAAAGUUACAAGACAGACGCCGAGAGGGUGGAGGACCUGAAGAAAGAGGUGGAAAAAGGCAACGAUCUCAUGUCGCAGCUGUUGAAGAUGCAAAAGAAUCUUGAAGAGGCGGAUACGAUGCACGAGAUGACCAAAGUGAAUAUGACACUCUUCCAGAUGAAUUUAGAGACGCAAGUUAAGAGGGCCAACGAUGCCGAGGAAUGUGUGGAGGAGCUCAAGGAGCUCGUGCAUUGCUUAAGACAGGAAAUCAAAGAGUUGAAGGAGAAAUUAAUGCCUCCGCCGCCGCCGCCACCACCGCCACCACCGCCACUACCACCGCCGUCGAUGUUGAUAGCUAAAGAACCGACGAUAAAACUGAUGAUUAGAGAAAAAUCGGACGCGGAACUCACAGCCGUAACCAAAAUGGACAGCAUGCUCGACACCUCGUCGAAAAAAGUACACUCGGCUCCGCAACAAUUCGCUAUCGACGAGAUCAUUAAUCAGAUCAAAGGCGGACAUUUCACGCUGAAGCGAAUAAGCAAACAAAGAGAAGAGCGGAAGAAACAGCAGGAAGCGGAGAACACGCCGUCAGCGGUUUCCGAAAUGCUGAAUAUUCUCGGUGACAUGAGGCGCAAAGCGAAACCAAAAAGACAAUUCUGAUCAAACACCCAGAUGUGACAUCGUAGGACUUGCCUAAUUCUUGGAGUAUGGAGCAGCUGAACGAUCCAUGUGGUACAUAUGCCCGCAGGCCACAGCGACGGUUUUCGCUGUUCAAAUAUAUACGUCGACAGUACUCUAAGGACAGUACUCUAAAUGUCUUAGAGCACUAAGGAUGCAAUUUACAAUGCCAAAAACUCUCUUUAUGUACUAAGUAAUUCAAUAAAUAAUAAUAAUAAUUA